GCAAUUUCCCCGACCGCUUCCGCGAGGCGCCGCCGACGGACCAGCCUGCGUGGGUCGACCAGCAGCCGAGCGACAAUCGGCAUUUCUUGUACCCGCGCCAGAGAGGCGAAGCUCCCGCGCGCCGCCUCGAGACGAAAUUCUCGCGGCAACAAGGGGUCUUGCACGUCCGGCGCGGCCUCCUGAGUGUCCCGAAGUUGGAUUUUCGAGAUUGCCGCAAACACCAUGGCAAGCUGUGCCCGAGCUACGAGGAGGCGCUGCGCGCCGCUGGAAUGUUCGCGCCCAACGAAGAGGCAGGGGCCGUGCACGAUGAACCCAUUGCCCUGCACUAUACUGCGCACCAACUCAGGCUUGCUUUUUGCGCCCUCCUGGAGCAGGGCGCAGCCCCCGUCGCCUUGUUCAAACGGCGCGAACAGGAUCUCAUGAAGGAUUUCCUCGACAGGGGGCUCAGCCCGGCUUCCGUCCGAGGACGAGCUGGCGCGGGCAAGUCUAACCCGACGACGUGCAUCACCAAUGCAAUCGAAGCCUCGGGGGCCGCCGUCGUCGACGUCGCGCCCGCUGGACGAGCUGCGCCCCCCUUGCCCCGCGGCGCCACGGCGCGCUUCACGUUCGGAAUCACUAUUGCCGACGCCCCCGAACUCGCGCGCGCUGCGGCGGCGUUUGCCGCGGUCGAGGUCAUCACUCGAGCGGCCGUGAUCCAGUGGGGCGACGCCGCGGUUCUCAACAGCGUUCGCUCGCCCUCCUCGUGGGCCAAGUUCGCCGCGUUCCACUUCGACCGAGGCUUCCGACAACGCAGCGACCCAGCUUUCGUCUCCUGGGUCGACUCCACUGGGGGCGCGUCCGCGCGCCUCACCGAGAACUCCUCUGGGGAUCUUGGCUACGUUGCAUUGGUCGAGUUACCCGUUCUCGACAAUGUGGCCGCGGCGCUGGAGCACGCGCUCCCGCGUCCCAAUGACCUCCGCGCAUGCUCUGACAACAAGGUACUGGCCGCUUUGAACUCCCUCGCCGACGUCCAGAACCACGGG